AUGAAUAUCUUCCAAGAACUCUACAAAAUCAACAACAACUGCAUUAUUGUAGGUGAUCUCAACGCAACAUUAUCUGAAAUGGGAUCAUCAAAGACAAAUGCAAGAGGAAAACAGCUGCAAGAAUUACUUAAUGAAGGUCUUAUCGAAUGUGUCGACGAUGAUAGUACAACAUUUGAAAAAAAUGAAUAUGAAGCCAAAUUAGAUUGGAUACUAGGAAGUCAACCACUCCUAUCAUUCAUAACAAAUGUUGAAGCACACCCAACCAUCGGCACAAUAAAUGGACACAAACCAUUAACAUUCGAUAUUCAAAUUGGAGCUGAAGCAAAACCAACCUCUCCAAGAUUAUCACUCAAUUUUAAAGCAGCAAAAUGGACAAAGUUCAGAUCCAAACUAGAUCAACAACUGAUACUAUGGAAUAAUGAUCUUAGUUUAAAUUCAUCUUUAGACAUAGAAGAUUAUUCAACGUUUAUUACCAAUAGUAUAAUGUUAGCAACUCAAGAAGCCGUUCCAACAUCUACACCAACGAGCAAAAGUUAUACAUUAAGUGAAGCAUGCAAGAGCUUGAUCACACUGAAACAUCAAGCAUAUCGAAGAUAG